CCGCCGCCGCCGCCGCCUCCCGCUCCAGCUCCGCGGCCCGGCCCGGCCGGCUCCCUCCUCCCUCCCCUGCAGCCUUCGCCUGCCCUCCCGCCGGCCGCACCGGGCUCCAGGGCGGCCAGAGGCUCUGCGGGGUGGGGGGAGGACAGGAGGGGAGGAGGAGGGAGGGGGGACCCCCGAGUCGCCCCCUCUCCUCCCCCCGCCCCCCCCCCCGGCUCCAUCCUCCGCCGCCGCCCGAGCAGCUGCGGGGCCGCCGCCGCCGCCUUUGCAGGCUGAGUCAUCACUAGAGAGUGGGAAGGGCAGCAGCAGCAGAGAAUCCAAACCCCAAAGCUGAUAUCACAAAGUACCAUUUCUCCAAGUUGGGGGCUCAGAGGGGAGCCAUCAUGAGCGAUGUCACCAUCGUGAAAGAAGGUUGGGUUCAGAAGAGGGGAGAAUAUAUAAAAAACUGGAGGCCGAGAUACUUCCUUUUGAAGACAGAUGGCUCAUUCAUUGGAUAUAAAGAGAAGCCUCAAGAUGUGGAUUUACCUUAUCCCCUCAACAACUUUUCAGUGGCAAAAUGCCAGUUAAUGAAAACAGAACGACCAAAGCCAAACACAUUUAUUAUCAGAUGUCUCCAGUGGACCACUGUUAUAGAGAGAACAUUUCAUGUAGAUACUCCAGAGGAAAGGGAAGAGUGGACAGAAGCUAUUCAGGCUGUAGCAGACAGACUUCAGAGACAAGAAGAGGAGAGAAUGAAUUGCAGUCCAACUUCACAGAUUGAUAACAUAGGGGAGGAAGAGAUGGACGCUUCCACAACCCAUCAUAAAAGAAAGACAAUGAAUGAUUUUGACUAUUUGAAACUGCUAGGUAAAGGCACUUUUGGAAAAGUUAUUUUGGUUCGAGAGAAGGCAAGUGGAAAAUACUAUGCUAUGAAGAUUCUGAAGAAAGAAGUUAUUAUUGCAAAGGAUGAAGUGGCACACACUCUCACUGAGAGCAGAGUGUUAAAGAACACUAGACACCCCUUUUUAACAUCCUUGAAAUAUUCCUUCCAGACAAAAGACCGUUUGUGUUUUGUGAUGGAAUAUGUUAAUGGGGGAGAGCUGUUUUUCCAUUUGUCGAGAGAGCGGGUGUUCUCCGAGGACCGCACACGUUUCUAUGGUGCAGAAAUUGUCUCUGCCUUGGACUAUCUACAUUCCGGAAAGAUUGUGUACCGUGAUCUCAAGUUGGAGAAUCUGAUGCUGGAUAAAGAUGGCCACAUAAAAAUUACAGAUUUUGGACUUUGCAAAGAAGGGAUUACAGAUGCGGCCACCAUGAAGACGUUCUGUGGAACACCAGAAUAUCUGGCACCAGAGGUAUUAGAAGACAAUGACUAUGGCCGAGCCGUGGAUUGGUGGGGACUAGGGGUCGUCAUGUAUGAAAUGAUGUGUGGGAGGUUACCUUUCUACAACCAGGAUCAUGAGAAACUUUUUGAACUAAUACUAAUGGAAGACAUUAAAUUUCCUCGGACACUCUCUUCAGAUGCAAAAUCAUUGCUUUCAGGGCUCUUGAUAAAGGAUCCAAAUAAACGCCUUGGUGGAGGACCAGAUGAUGCAAAAGAAAUUAUGAGGCACAGUUUCUUUUCUGGAGUUAACUGGCAAGAUGUGUAUGAUAAAAAGCUUGUACCUCCUUUUAAGCCUCAAGUAACAUCUGAGACAGAUACCAGAUAUUUUGAUGAAGAAUUUACAGCUCAGACUAUUACAAUAACACCACCUGAAAAAUAUGACGAGGACGGCAUGGACGGUGUGGACAGCGAGCGGCGGCCACAUUUCCCUCAGUUCUCCUACUCGGCCAGCGGCCGGGAAUAAGGCCCUCAUUCUGCUCCUUCACGGUCAUCCUGGAUUUUCUUCCUCAAGAUGAUUCCUGGACACCACACCAGUCGUAGCUCUUACAAAGCAGGAGCGCCUCCAGACACCCCAGCCCACGCACACCCCCACGAGAACACACCUGUACGCAAACACACCUGUUUGUUUUUGCAUGAAAUUGUAUCUCCGUCUACGGUCUCAUGCUGCUGCUGCUACUGUCUUACUGUCCUAUAAGCAACUUUAAGAGGUAAUUUUACAGUCUUUGGAAGUCACGAGCCCGCCAUUGUUCACUUGUGCACAGUUGUCAUCUUUUGAUCUUUUGGUUUUUGUUUUUCCCUAACAGUGAAGGCUAAAUGAGAUACACUGAGUCUAGGUACAUUUUUUAACUUUCUAGAAGAUAAAUCAAAAACUAAUUAGACUAAGAAGAUUUAGCGUAUAAUUCAGAGUAAGCGAUUGCGGCAGGGUGGUGAUGUGCAUAUGCGGGUUGUAGGAGAGCCUAUCAGAUCAGUGCACAGAGUGGGGAACUCGCACGCAGACCUGGCUGGAGUCCGUAGGGAAGCAUCCGAGAGAAGGCCUGACCAACCGUUGAGCUAGCUCGAUAGACACACACUUAAUCCCUGUCGGACGCUGCCGAGGAAGCCUGCCGCCCCACCCGGACGUCCAGACCUCACUGGCGGCUGGCGGCAGACGAACACUGUCCUUCCGGGGAAGGAGGCAUAUGCACAGCAGAGGCAGGUCACUUAAAGGGGCUGUGAAACCAUUUGCACCAGAGAGCAUUUUUCUUUUUUCCCUGUGCUUGGAAACCUUUUUCCCUUCUUGAUAUUUAUCACCUCUGAUGGCUGAAGAAUGUAGACAGGUAUAAUGACCCUGCUUUUCACCAAAAUUUGUACACCGAGGUAAACAGGUGUUUGCCUUAUUUGUUUUAAGUUUUUACUUUGAGUUCUACGUGAAUUCGCUUUUUCUCGGAUGUUAAAUCUUUGAAUGUCCUUUUAUGAUUUUGUUUAUAUUGCAGUAGUAUUUAUUUCUUAGUGAAGAAAACUGUGUGUCAUGUUAGCAAAUGCAGCGCCAACUUACAUGAAAUAGACUCACUGCAGUUUAUUUGGACCCGUGUGCAAGGAUGUACACGCCAAUGAGAGGCAUGCACUUUUUCUCCUAUGUGACAAAAUCGGACGAGGCUCUGAAAUUGUACAUCUUGGUUAGAAUUUGGCUUUGGGAGAAGAGAUGCUGUCAUUUAACCCCUUGGUGCUGAAAGUGAGAAAAAUCCCCAACUCUCCAAGCCGAGGGGUUAAUGAGACAGAAGAAUGUCGGUGUUGCUCAUUCGAGGAUGGAAAGGCUCUGACGCCUGGCGACGUAACGCGGGGGAGGAAACCGAGACCCGCGUGACCGUGAGAAACCAACUUGACUUGGCAAAAGGAACGCAUCUCGAGUAUUUGCAAAGUAGGCAGUAAGGGGUGAGAACCUGGUGUGUUUAUUCCGCUCAUGGUACAUUUAUCACUGAAUUAAGCCAUCAGGGAAAACACAAAACAACACAAAAAAAGAACACCUCCAACUUUUCUUUUUCUGUAUAUACUCAUGUCCCCCAAUUCCAACAUUUCUCACUGAGAGGGGACAUGUAUGCAAACCUCAUCUUUCUCCUUCAUUAAUGAUGAUCUUCAGAUUAAACCCUUUGGUGCUAGGAGCUGACAUUUUCCAAAGCAGCCUAUGAAGUCCAGGGGCCGGGGGCCCUGUUGCGGAAGCUGGCAGCCGGCCCCACGGAGCGUUCGUGGGGAUGGAUCGGUCACGUGAUCUGACAGCUCCCCGUGGAAGACUGCGGCAUGACGUGCUGUCACUGUCGAGAUGUGUUGUGCGCAAGAGCGAGUGACUUUCUGAGUAGGAUGAAUCAUAUUCAUACGCAGAUGUCUUAGCCUCGUGACGCUGGAAGUGUGGUCUGUACAGGAGACGCCACUGCUGGCGGUGGGCGGGCCACUGGGGCUGAGGGGGUUAAAGGGCAUUUUACUAAGGCAGCUAAGACAUAUUCAGACAUAGGUUUUAUCCUAAUUUUUCAUAUUUCUACCUGAGUGAAGUUCAUCCUCAGCAUCGAGUAGGAAGUUACAGGAAAUGGUAGUUCAUUCCUUCUGACACAUGUAGCUUCACUUUUUUGUUUUUUCUUCCCUUGGAAUUAUGUUGAAUGUUUCACUUUGACUAGAAAGUAGACUAGGAGGUAUGUCCUGUAAGUUGUCUCGCAUCCAUUAUAUACAAGAGGAACAGGGAGAGGCAGAGAAGGCGGCUGAGGCUGGCCGAGGUUUGUGCGGAGCGUCCGUCCCUUUCGAGGAAAAGGGGGGGGGGGGCCGGACACCAAAUCCCCCGGUAGCUUUCCCCCCCCCCCCCCCCAAACCUUAAGGUGAUUUCCAUGACCCUGGCCAAGGACACUUCCUAAAGGUUAAGGACCGCGUGGACGGUGCCCCGGGCUGGCCAAGCCUCCCAGCCAGCUCUCCAGGCCCAGUCACUCUCGGCCUCGAGAUCCGUCAGAGGCACCGAGGUGUUUCCAGACUUCCCCCUCCCCCGCUCUCACCCCCAGGUCUCAAUCAGCUGGCGCCAAGGACCGACAGGUAACACGUGUGUGUAGAGGGAGAUUUCUGGAGAUUUCUGCACCUACCCUCCAGGCUGCCCGUGGCUGUGGCAUGGGCCGCCGGCAGAUGGCAAGGCCUGAAACCCGGGAUCGUUCUAUCAGAGUUUGGUUCAGACUUUGUGGACUCCACCCCAUACUAACUCUCGUGAAGUCUGCCCUCUUGUCUCAGUGCAGCCACCUGGGAGGAAGUUGGCCAUUUCUGCUUGGAUUUCUGGCAGGUUGCUCACAGCUUUGCUUUCUACACUAAUUACAUAGCAUUAUUCCAGUAUUUUCCAUUUUCCCGUACCUGAUUUCCGGCUUCUUAAAGCUGACUGUUCUUGCAGGGGCCCCUUGCUUCUCCUAGAGUACAAAGGUAAGGGCCUCCCUUACUAACUGCAGGGUCUCUGUAUUACACCUCAACGUACACACUUUGCUGCUACUGUUUGUACUGUCUACAGUAGAAUUUCCUUAUCUUGCUCCUGGUAGUGCAUUACAGGCAAGCAUGAAAUGUAAAGUAUUUAUUUAAAUAAAAAGAAAACCUCUAAAUUGGUAAUUGAAUUACCUCCCUGUAGCUUUAUAGUUUGUGACAUUUCUUGACCUUGCUAGUUCUUUCAUUAGAUCCGCGCAAGAUCUAGUCAUCUGGUUAAGGAUUUUAAGCAGACGCAACUAUGAACCCAAGAAACUGUAUUACUCUUACUGUUGGUCAUACUAAAACUAAAACUGUUCAUUUCCUUAAGUAUAUGACCCACAAGGAUGUGAAAUAACUACAAGAAACUGUUUUUGUACACUGUACAUCCUUAGUAUUUUUACACGUAUAUGAUAGGGAUGCACAUUAUUUUCCUUCGUACAGACAGCUUAAAUAAAGCACUAUGUCAAUCUGCUA